UUCUCUAACUACUACACAGUGGCACCAAGUAGGAGAUUUUCACUGGCGCCAUUUACCACUGAUAUUAAAUUAGCUAAAGAUUUUUUGUUACCACAAGCUCUAGUGUAUGGAGAGAUUACAACCAGAAGAUGGCAGCAAAGCAACAGACGGGAUGCCAGCUGCCGCAAAACCGAAGAAGAAGAAGCAAAAGAUUGCCUGCUAGCCAUGUGACUUUCGGCUAUGACUGUUUGCUGCUAUAGAGACAUUGCCACUGAAAUACUGAGAUUUCUGCAUGGAUUCUAAGGAAUCAUUUUGAUGUUUAGUAAAUUCUGGUGAAGUCAUCUGGAACCAGAGUACAACAGGCUUAGCGCUGCUACAUAAUCCAUCAUGAUACUAUAGCUGCUGCAUCACUUGAAGUUAAAACAUUUAAGAGAACAUCAAAAAAGUGUCUUACUGACUCCACCUCCAUGAAGUCUUUGCUUCCUGGGUGUAACAGUGGAGAUGCACAUAAAUGGCAGAGCUCCAUCAUUCUUGACAAACUUGUGCAACAACCGCAGAGUCAUCGUGAACAUUUAGACCUUCAUCCAAGCUGCAGAGGGUAAAAAUAGCUCUGUCACCUCACCAACAUGCUCCGCCCCCUGAUUUACCUGUCUGCUCUCAGCCUGCUGGCAGGAGCCGUUGCACAGAUAUCUGAGCAGCAGACCAUUAUUGCUUCAUCAGUGUUGAACAGCUCAUGUCCCUUCAACUUUUAUGGACAGACCUAUCAACAAAUCUACGUCACCAUCUCCAAUGACACGUUCGCCAUCUGUUUCAACGGCUUCUACAACCCUCAGUCCAGAGGAGACUGUAUUGUGGGGCCUCAGUUCCCAUUCAACCAAAUUACAUUUUAUACAUCAAAGUACUACUACUCCACCCAUUAUAGCUGUGAAAUUAGGCUAUACACAACAUACUACUACUACUUAAAUUUUCCUUAUACACAAUUUUACCUGUAUAACUCAGACACACAAUCACUUGUGUAUUUGUAUGAUGGCAACCAAGGAUCAUGGGUUUACGAUGUUCAGGUCAGCGGUGUCACAGUCGAUAAGCUGAAUGUUACAAACACUCAGUCCCACCCAUACUCAUCCUAUGUCGCUGACAUCAGGGGAUGCAGACACUCAGGUGUUGUGUAUAAACCUGGUGCCGUGGUGACCUCUGACCCUGUAACCUGCUACUCUUUAACCUGUGAUGCCUCUGCUGUCCUUUGUAACGUUACCUGUGACCCCUCGGAGCAUUGUCAAGGCAACGGAAUCUGCAUGUCGGGCGCCUGCACUGUGACUGGACCUACUGUCAUCGACUUUUAUGGCCAGCUCAACUCCAUCCAGGACCUUUGUACGUACUCUCUGCUGUCUCGCCUCUCGGACCCGAGCUUCCAAGUGCUGGCCAACUUCCAGGAGCGUCGCCGUAAAGAUGUAAGCUUUGUGGACAGCGUGGCCCUGGUGCUGAGUGGGUCGGGUAUUUUCAUCAACCUAGGACAAGGUGGGGUGGUUCAGGUGAAUGGCGUCCCCUUGGCCCUGAACAGCUCCACUCAGCUGGUUGGUGGUGUGGAGCUCUCGAAAGAGCGAACCGGAGUCACCGCCAAGCUGUCGCUCUCUAACUACACAGCUUCUAUCUUAUUUGAUGGCUACACAGCUCAGAUCCGCGCUGCAGGACCUGCUGGAUCUCUUGUGUCUGGUUUGUGUAGAAACUCCAGCGUAUCGCUGCGUGAAGUGAGGAUGCCUGAAUACAGCGUUAGCGGCUGUGAGAUUCUGUACAACGACACGGCUGACAGUUCUAUCAACUGCUCCGCAGAGACGCAGCGCUGUAACCUCCUGAGGGCGUCCCCCUUCGCCUCCUGUAACGGCCUCAUCGACCCACAGCCCUACAUCAACGCCUGCGUCGACACUAUGUGCAGAUAUCCCUCAGUGGACGACCUGGACUGUCAGUUUCCACAGGCCUACGCCAGAGCCUGCAGCCUGCUGGGCAACGGCACCGUGGGGAACUGGUGGUCGGUGGUGGGCUGCUCCCCCCCUCAGGCCUACUGUCCGGACCGGGUCUGCAGCUCUCAUGAGUUCUGUGCUCGCAGCGCAGGCGGUGGAUCCAGCUGCUUCUGUCGGGCCCUGUUCGCUGCUAACUACUCCUCGGCGGGUGCUUUGGGCGAUCCGACCGUCUGCAGCUCUAACUCUGCUUCAAUCACUGUGGUGGGUUGUCUCCUGGAGGAGAAAAACAUCCGUUACUCAGCUUUACACCUCAAUGACAGACGGUGCAGAGGUCAGAUGGAUGAGCUGACCCACAUGUUGACCUUCAGCUUCAACACCAACAACACGUGCGGGGCUGUGAUCACAAACAACGACAGCUACAUAACGUACAGUAACGCUAUCACAGACCAGUACAACUCAUCUGACAUCAUAGUUCGCCACGACCAAGUCUACAUCGACUUCUCCUGUUACUACACUCAGCCACAAAUCAAGAGCAUAUCAUUCAGGAUCAAAACCAACUCUGUGGUCCAGCACAUCACAUCUGGAGCUUGGUCCUACACUCUGACCAUGACGUCCUACACCGACACCGCUCGCACCCAAGCUCUGUCACCCAGCUCCGAAGUCGUGCUGGAUCAAAGGAUCUGGGUGGAGCUGAAGACUGAUGGGCUGGAUGGCAGCGUGGUUGCCGUGGUGACCGACUCCUGCUGGGCAACCAGCGAUUCAUCACCCAGUGGAAGUCUGAGAUAUGACCUGAUUGUGAAUGGUUGUCCCAACCCUGCAGACCAGACAGUACAGAUGCAGGAAAACGGGCUGUGGACAUCCAACUACUUCUCUUUUGACAUGUUCCAGUUCUCUGAGCAGUCUGCUGACGUCUACCUUCACUGUAACGUCCAGCUGUGUGUCAGAGGGAACAGCAGCUGUAUCCCGGUUUGUAGUGGAGCAGCUCGAAGACGCAGAUUUGCCAGACGUCGUCCUGCGUAUGAAGAGGAAGCUGCAGCCUUCAUCAGCAUGGCCUGGACUAAUCAGCUCUGCUGAAGAUGUGCACCUUUUCUACCUUUGGGUUUAUUCUCUUUUCUGUGAAAGAAGGUUUUUCAGUUUAAGUCCUUUUACAAGAGGCUGAUUGAUCAUAAGGUUUGGGAACUCGCUUUAGAUCACUCCACACGGCUUCAGGUCAUAAACACUUGGGUUAAACUGCUGCCUGAGAUAAUCCUACAUCUCAUCAUUACUGAUUAGUAAGAAAUCAGCACACAGAGGAAAACGCAAUUUAGGAUGAAGGAUUACAGAAGCAAAGAACGUGACACAAGGCUGAAUGACAAUAUAUCAUAUAUCAUAUCAGAUAUCGGUGAUCUGAUCUGAUCUUCUUAAGAGGUUUGUUGACUUUCACAACGUUCACUAACUUUCCAUUGGUCCUGCUCCAGAGGCUGGACAUGUAAAAAUAUAAAACAGCUGUUUAAUAGUGAAAAGAGAGAAUUAUUAUUGUGUCUCUGAUACAUAAAUAAUCACUGUUUAAGUAUAAGGGCUUUGUUUAAUGCUUACAGUAAAUUUAUGCUUGUAUCAGUUUGUAAACUCAGUUAUUUGAAGGUAAUCAAUAUGCACUUUACUACAAAUAACAAUUUUGAAUGUGAAUAUGGCUUUGUUAUGUGAAUUUCUGAAAACCAGGAGUAGUGAACCAAGCUCAGUUAAAGGAAAACAUGUUGAAGUGAAGUGAUACUCAAAGUACUACAGUAAUUCAGCUAAAUCAGAUUCAGUAAUUCAGCAAUAAAGAACUGGGUAAAGACAAA